GCGGGCGCGAUGCCAGGUGCCAGUGCCGGCUCCCGACUGCCAGCCACCAGCCACCGACUGCGACCAGCCUCGUUCCAUCCUUCGGAGGACACUGGCACACCGGUAGAAGGUGCAGGUGCAGGUACUGUACCCUCAACACCACGGAUUUGACAGCUGAGGAUACUGUACAGUAGUACACUGUACCCUGGCUGUGCCGCCUCGCUGCCACUUGAAACCUGCGACAGCCGUGUGACACCUUCAUCCACCCGCUUCGACUACCAGGGGUGCUCAUCAUUCACUAUCAUUUACUGUAUCUUCUGCCCCUGCAGGCUGCAGCCAUUCCCGGCCGGUUCAACCAUAAUAAUACUUGACCUGGUCGAUCAUUUUUCGAGCCGACUGCCUGCGACGCCCACCACAGUUGCUACCAUUUUGCCGUGUUGACAGAAACACACACCUCAGGCCUCCAGCAAAUUUGUCCUUGAUCGCAUUGUCCGUUCCUUCCGAUCAUUCUUACUCUGACCGAGAGUCGCAGUCGUCCGAUUUCCCUCGUUGUCCUCUCGCCGUGUCCUGAAGACUCGUCGGACCCCAUUCGGAGGACCAUCGUCUUACCUCCAUCUCGUCCACGUCGAAACCAUGCACUUCCAGGACGCAGUCUUUCUGCUCCUCCUCUCAACCCUCCCUUCCAGUAUAGCAGCCACAAGCGAUACGAAGCCCCCUCCGAAGCCAUGUACGAUACACUCCCCGUCCACGGGGUCCUUCUUCGACCUGCGACCUCUACAGCUAAGAGUCGACGGGACCAAGUAUCAGGUUGCGAGCAAUGAAUCGUACCACGUGAAAGGAUACGACUACCCUGCCAACUUUACCAUGAACUUCUGUGGACCAGUCGUCGAGAACCUGGAUGAUGUCGAAGGGAUUCCCACCACAAAGAUCGCCAACGUUUCGGCGUUCUACAAAGAUCACCGUGGGGACAUCUAUAGCAUUGGUCAACAGAACGACCAACCCCUGUUCCGGGGAAAGAAGCUCCUUAUGAACUACACCAUGGGCUCACCCUGUCCAGAUCUCGACGAGGACGGCCGUCCGAGAGACUUGGAUUCGACGGCGAACACCGGCAGAAGGAGGCGCAAAUCUACACUCUUGUCCUUUAUCUGCGACACAUCACCUUUACUUUCGACACGGCCCGCCAUCUCCUUCCUCGGAAGCCCUGAUCAUUGCACGUACGUGUUUGAAGUCCGCUCCCGCUAUGCGUGCGGUGGGACCACCUCAUCUGGCGAAAAGGGCACUCUCGGCCCCGGCGCCGUGUUCGCUGUUAUACUGGGUAUCGCCAUGUUGGUGUAUUUGAUCGGAGGUGUCGUGUAUCAACGCAAUGUCAUGCAUCAAAGAGGAUGGAAACAACUACCCAACUACGCAGUGUGGGCAGGGUUGUUCAGUUUUAUCUCGAGGCCUCUUUCCGUGCCGCGCCGAAAGCGAAAUGCAUCCAGUGCUCGCAGUUACGAUUGGAAGGCCGACCUGCCGUGACCAAGGCUGACAUAAUAUUGCCUCUGAUUCUCUAGGACAUGUUUAUCAUUCUAUUCUCCUCGUGCACACAACGACUACCCGGCGGGAUCACGCAAUUGUUUGCAGGUCGGCGAGGUUAUCACCGCGUGGGUACCGAUGACGCCCGUGGCCAUGGACGAGGGCGCGCCCCGGAUGACGAGAACCGUCUGAUCGAUCAACUCGAUGAGGAAUGGGAAGAUUGAUCGAAGGCAUCGUGCUCGGCGCCACCCCCAGAGUCCGUCUCACGAGUUCUGUGAGAGGGGCAAUCUUGGAAGGGACAAAUUUGGCAGCUUUGAGUUGGCAUUUAACAUAUGUAGACUUUUUCUCAUGAGCACGUCUGUGGAACUACCGACCGACGUACCACUUAUGCGUAUCCGACAAGGACAGACCAACAUUACCCACUGCCGCUCUGAUGGUCUGCAUAUUGUACUCCUCCUCCGUCCCCGCCAUCACCGCCAGUCAUGUCGCCAAAGUCCAUUCCAUCCAACGCCGUAUUGCCGAAAUCUUCCAUACCGCCGUAACUGGGUGGCUCAAUGUUGAAUGGCAACAUCCAGGCCGAGGAACUCGUGUCCAUCAUUCCACCCGCACCUCCCGUGAGGGGAUCGUGCAUUCCGAAACCAUGGACAUCCAGUUGAUCCCAAGGAUUGGAGCCGCCGAAUGUGCCCAUCGAGGGUGAACUGGGGUUGACGUUGUCCAUGGCGGAGGUUCCGGUAUUGGUGUGUGUCGAGGGAUCGAUGUUUGCAUAUGCUCCAAAUACCAUUUGUCGGUCGAUGGCUGGGAGGGUAGACACGAAAUGAAGGCCUAGAUGUGGCGAUGCCGUCGUCCCAUAGCUGUAUGGGUCAUUUGAAUGAGGUUGACCACCGGGGAAUUGUGGCGUGUGAUACAGCGAGGGCGACGUGAUGUCGAAGUCGGCAGGGUUGAACGUGCGUGCUAGGUCGAGGUCUGUGGCAGGACCAGGCAACUGCUGCUUAGGUUGCUGUUGUGGUUGUUGCGGUGGUUGUGGCUGUGAUUGCGAUGGGCGGCGUACAGACUUGGACGCAGCUCCAGCUGCUGUAGACGAAGCAGAAACAGAAGCAGUAUUUCCCGCCG